CCAAACUCUAUCUCCUCCCCUUUUCACACUCUCUGCUCUCUCUUCUUUUCUCUUCUCUUCUCUAUCAAUCCAUCUCACCGGCGAUUCGAUUUUCGUACUAAUAUGCUCUCCUCGAUCCUGCCGGUGAGAUCAGUAAUUUGAAGAACAGCAAAAAAGGAAUCUAGCUAGCUUGCUAGAGUUUCGUUUCUGGCCGGCGAUCUAUAUGGCGAGGAGCGGCGGCGAGAGGCGGGCGAAUUCAGCAUUUACUAUGGCGGGAGGAAGCAGCGGCGGUGGAGGAGGGGAUCUGGAGGAGAUUUUGAUGCAGGGGAGCGGAUUCUCGUUUUCGGGGACAGCUGGCGGAGGAGGGAUCUACUACGAUAUGCAGCAAAUGAUGUUGCCGCCGCCUCCGCCGCAGAGCGGGUUCGGCGGUGGAUUCAUGGAGCUGCUCGACGCCAGCGGUGGAUGCGGCGCGGAUUUCGGAGGAUACUCUGCUCCUUCCUCUUUGUUCGAUCUGUUUCAGACUCCGUUCCCGGCCGCGACGGUGCAGCUGGAUCUGCCGAUGUCUUCGCCGGCUGCGGGUGAGUCUUCGGAGGUCGUGAACAACCCGACGACACCGAACUCCUCGAUUUCUUCCUCGUCGAACGAAGGAGGGAACAGCAAGAAGAGUAGUAAAGACGGGAAAAAUCGCCUCAAAGAAGACGGUGGUGAAGAAGAAGAAGAGGAGCAGGAUGAAGAGAAAAACACCAACAACAGCUCAAAGAAACAGUUGAAGGCGAAGAAGACGAAGGGGCAAAAGAAGCAAAGGGAGCCGAGAUUCGCCUUCAUGACGAAGAGCGAAGUGGAUCACUUGGACGACGGUUACCGGUGGAGGAAAUACGGCCAGAAAGCCGUCAAGAACAGCCCUUACCCUAGGAGCUACUACCGGUGCACGAGCGCGGGGUGCGGGGUGAAGAAGCGGGUGGAGAGGUCAUCCGACGACACUUCCAUCGUCGUGACGACCUACGAGGGCCAGCACACUCACCCUUCCCCGAUCACUCCCAGAUCGGGAAGCGGCGGAGGGAUCAGGCAUUUGUUCGCCGAUCCUUUGAAUAUUCUACCGUCGUAUCAUCACUACAACCAACACAUCCACCAACAGCAACAACAGCUUCAGAAUGCGUACAUGUACAACUCCACGCCGUCUCACAACAUUACCACCACCACCACGACGAGUGCUACUUCAGCCGCGGCGGCGGCGUCGUCUUUCCUGAGAGACAAUGGGCUGCUGCAGGACAUGGUGACGUGUCAGAUGACGGGGAAGGUUGUAGAGCCCAAGGAGGAGGAGCAGAGAUUAUGAGAGGAAGAGGAGGAGGAGGAGGUGGAGGGUAGCGAUGUAAUAUCCACCUUCCCUAAAACAGCUAACUUGAGGUUAAUGUCAUUCUUCUCUUUCUCUCUCUCGUUUGACUUGGUUUUCGUUUUGACCAUAUUUGAAUCAUGGUCGUACGUGUAGAUACGGGGACCCCUCAUCAUUGGAUGAUUAAGCGGUGAUGACUUUAUGCUUAAUUAUAAUACUUAUGAUUAUAAUUAGCCCUUUUUUUAAUUACCGAUCUGAUGGUGAUGAUGAUUAAUGGCGGAUCAAGGGGGAAACUAUCUAUAGUUCUUCAUAUUUAUACCUUAAUAGUUAAUUCCUUCUUUCUUUUCUUUCUGGGUUCGUCUUUUUUUUUUUUUUGUAUCCAAGACUCCAUAUGGAUAUUUACUAUAUAAUCAUGAUCAGGUUAUUACUUGGGAUUUAAGUACUGUUGUUAUGUAUCAUUUACCUUCUGCUAGCCUUCUUAAGCUAUGCUAAUUGUAAUCCGAUUUGCUCGAUCGAUCUCUCCUUCUCCUAUAUCCAUCUACCUUUCUUCUUGUUCUUUAAUUAACUUUCUAUAUAUCCUUAUUGAUUCGUGCCUGUGUUGAAUUCUGAAGAAGGAAAGUACAGAAGAAAGGUGCAUUAUUGGU